AUUGUUAUCGCAUUUAACAGACCAAACUAAGAUAGAACACAAUACGAUAAUUUCAGAAUUGUCCCAUUUGUACUAUAACUGGUAUAUUCUGAAAAUCGGUUCAAAACGAACCACAAAGAACGAAAUUAUGGAUAUCCACCGUAAGUGGAUUAACUCAGAAAUUACUAUUAAACGUCAUAUUCAGAUCUUAUUACGAGUUUCAUACAACUAAAUCCAUUGAUAAAUCUAGACAGACCAAAAAAAGGUUUGGAGAACAAAAUGAACUCAUCAUCAGUCUAUUUCACGGUUUUUCAUAAGCUGCAUACAACUUAAGUUAUAACUACUAAUAUAAUUAUUGCCAAAUCCUCAAAAACACUAUAUGUAUAAAAUGUCCCGAUGUAAUACUGAAUUGAAAAGAAUAUAUGCAUAAAAUGUCCCAAAUUAACAAUGAUACAAUAAGAUAUCAAAUUAACAAAUCUAAGGUACCAUCGCAACAAUGGAAAACAGUCAAUAAAAGUCUUAAUGAACUGAUUGAUGAUUCAGUUAACAAGAAUCUAAAGGCAAAAAGAUCACGACUGCUUUUCGUACAUAGUCUUAAUAAAGUGCACAAAUCCAACAUCCCGUUAAGACCUAUAAUGUCUAUGAUUAAUUCACCAAAUCAUAAGUUGGCUAAAUUACUAAAACCAAUCUGUAGAAUACUGAGAACCAGUAGUUUAGUUCCAAAGAAAUGGAUCAUUUGGACACAUCCGACAGUCAGUCAGUAACAACGUAGA